UGAAUGUCAUUCCACGUCAGAUCCCCCAACUCAUUAGACAAGUCAGCCAACUUCGGCUUGACAUUAAAAAAUACUGUGGAAUCCACAGAUCUGGGACCUUGUAUAACAAGGGUAGAAUAGUGUGAACAUAGAUUUAGUUAGACAUUGUGUUGGGGAGGUCACAGUUAAGAAAUUGCACUGCUUAGCUCCCUUGAUUAUCACUUUCUGAAACAGUUCCUUUGGAACUUCCUCAUUCUCGCACCAGACUUUCACUUGACAUGUAC